AUGACCUCAUCGUCACCAUUCACAUUCACGAUUCCGCGCACCAUCGCCCUCACGGGCUUAGCGUACGUGGCCUACGAGACGCGGCGCCUCGUCUCUCGCUAUCCACUGCACUAUAGCAGCUCAGCGCCGCCCUCGUCCCAAACUCUUUGGCCGAGUGGUCUCACUCGACCAAUUGAAGUCACGGCACUCACGCGCGUCCCGCACGGGGCGGAUCCGCGCGAGACGUUCAUUGCCGCGUUCUACGAUACAUGGACGCUGCGUCUUGAGGCAUUCCUCUUCCGCAAUGUCAAUCUUGGGUGGGCUAUCGAUCCCCCGCCGGCUGUAGCUCCCGUUCCGCAACCCCAGGAUCCCGAGUUCGCCAGCCGGCCGCUCGCAACACCAUACACGCCUCCGCCGACGCCAGCUAGCGGGACCGCCACACCUACCGAACCCCUGCCUACUGGGUACGCUUCCGGCUUGUUCCCCGUCAUAGGCAGGUCAGCCGAUAGCACGAUGGUGUUCUGGGGCUCGAUUAACGAUAUGGGCGGAGCUCAACUGCUCACUUGCACCCGUGUUCCCAACUCCAAGACGAACGAGGUCAAGAUCUCGUACGGUAGUGCCGAAACGCCCUUCCUCAAGGAGGGUACAAUUUGGGGUUGGAUUGGCACAAAGUUCCACCGCAUGUACAUGCGGUUCCUGCUCGACCGCGCUGCCGUGCGCAUGGACAAGUGGGCUGCCGCUGCCGACGCGCGUCAGUAG